AUGCUGCUCUCAACUUUCCUUCCAAUUUCGUUCUUCUUUUCCUUCCUUCUCUUCUUCCUAUUUCGUAGAAAUCAAACGAAUAACCAAAGCCAUAGUAAAGAAAAGUUUCCUCCAGGGCCACUAAAGCUCCCUAUAAUUGGAAGCAUCCAUCAACUUGUAGGUGUAAAUCUCCACCACAAGCUUUACAAUCUAGCUAAGAUAUAUGGCCCUCUUCUCCACAUAAAGCUUGGUGAGAUCAACUCUGUGGUUGUUUCAAGCCCAGGCCUUGCCUACGAGGUUAUGAAAAUCCAGGAUCUCAACUUUGCUUCUAGACCAAAAAUAGCCGUUAGUGAAGCCUUGCUUUACAACUCCAGUGAUAUAGGCUUUGCCCCUUAUGGAAGUUACUGGAGGGAGCUGAAAAAGAUUUGUACGUUGGAGCUUUUAAGUUCCAACAGAGUGAAGUCAUUUGCUUCUUUAAGAGAGGAAGAAGGUAACAAUUUGGUACAAAAGAUCCUUUUGACGCCCCAAGGAACACCAGUUAAUCUAACUAAGAUGUUGCUAUCUUUAACAAACACAUCAAUUACAAAGGCCGCAUUUGGGAAGGAUUGUGUUCACAAAUGGAAGUUUUUGAACGCUAUGAGGAAAGGAAUAGAGUUGGCCUCGCUUUUUAGCUUGAUGGAUAUAUUCCCUUCAUUGGGUUUUCUUUGGAAGUUUUCUGGUCUGAACUUGAAAAUGAAAAGAGUGCACAGGGAAUUGGACUCUCUUUUGGAUGACAUAAUUGAUGAACACCUUGAGAAGAAGGCUGGUGGAAAUGGCAUGGAGACUGAUCUGGUUGAUGUUCUUCUGAAACUUAAGGGGAUAACUGAGCGAGAGAACCAUUUUACAAUGGAUAAUAUCAAAGCUGUAAUUUUGGGUCUAUUUGUUGCUGGAACAGACACAACGGCUACUUCAAUAGAAUGGGCAAUGACAGAGCUAAUUCGGCAUCCAGAGGCCAUGCGAAAGGCUCAACAAGAACUGAGAAAAUCACUGAAAGGAGGGACCAAACUAGAGGCUAGUCAUAUCAGUGAAAUGCAAUACUUAAAACAGGUCAUCAAAGAAACUUUAAGGCUUCAUCCUCCAGCCCCUCUUCUAAUGCCCAGAAUCUGUCGUGAGACAACGAAGCUAUCCGAGUAUGUAAUAUCUGAAGGUACACAAGUGAUUAUCAAUGCAUGGGCCAUUGGAAGAGACCCAAAAUUUUGGAAGGAUCCCGAGAGCUUUCAACCUGAGAGGUUCGAAAGGACUGAGAUUGACUUCAAAGGAACAAAUUUUGAGUUCAUUCCUUUCGGUGCAGGGCGUAGAAUGUGCCCAGGAAUGGCAUUCGGGUUGGCUGGUGUGGAGUUCUGGCUUGCUCAGCUUCUAUUACAUUUUGAUUGGGAGCUCCCGAAUGGGAGGAAGCCGGAGGAGCUUGACAUUAGUGAGGCUUCUGGUGUAAUUCUCACACGGAAAAAUGACUUGUGCUUGCUUGCUUUUCCUCAUAAUUCAGUUAUUUGAAUAGAGACUGUGAAUUACUUGUGUUUUUUCUGCUCUGAUUAUGAAUAAUUUCAAAUUUUUGUAGGACAAAAAAGAAUCCUUUGAGAGUAUAAAAUGAUAUCUGAUGUCAUCUAUAAUUUUGAUCUCCAAGGUUUAUCCUUUUUUUUUUUUUUGGUUUCAA